AUGAACGAUAAGAUAUCCAUUCUACCUCCUGAACCCAUCCAGCUUCUUGACGAGGACACUACAGAGGCUGAAUUCGAAGUUGACUCACAACAAGAAAAUGAAGAGCCUCUCAGCACGUCAAAUAGUGAUAGUAACAAUAGCUGUAGCAAUGAUCGGGGCCCCACAUUUACCAGAACUAGACCCAGGCGGAGCAGCUCUAUCAAUUCCAGCUUUAGUUUCCAAAAGGCUCACGUCAGCGAUUGCACCAUAGUCAAUGGAGACCAUGGAACAAAGUUUGCUGUCUGGAGAAUUACCAUUUUUCUUGAGCCCAACUCAAACGUUGUAGCUGCCAAGAAGGAAAGCUAUAAAGUCCAGACCUAUAAACGAUACUCUGAUUUCGUCAAAUUACGGGACGAUUUACUAACAAGAUUAAAGACAGCAAAGCCUGAGAAGCUACACUGUUUACAGAUUCCUAAAUUGCCCCCUUCAGUUCAGUGGUACAGCACCUGGAAGUAUCAGCAGGUGAACCUAAACAAAGACUGGCUAGCUAAAAGACAAAGAGGGCUCGAAUACUUUCUCAAUCACACCAUUCUUAACAGCGGACUGGUAGAGAUUGCUAAGGAUAUACUAGUUCAGUUUCUUGAAUCUUCAAAGAGUUUUGCAUAG